CCAUUCACCGCCGCCAGGGCUGCUGGCGCUGCCGCUCCCCCCGCAGGCGGGCGAGCAUGACAUCUCCCUGCCUCCGCCGAGAUCAAAUGGAGCUCCGCGCUCAGGGGGUGCGAGUGUUCCCUCCGCCAUGCGAGUUCCACGGUCAAUAAUUUAACUUUGCUGCAGAACCAGGAGUACGGACCUGGUACCCACGACUUGCGCCCCCCACACCCACCCCCCUUCUCUUGAACGAAAGGGGACGUGGGAGAGGAAAAAAAAAAUUAGUCUUGGAGUUUUGGGAUCCGCGGAAGUCUUCACUAGAGCAGCUGCCUUGAUGUUUACUUUGACAAGGAGUGCCUGAAAAGUUCCACCAGGUGAGAAGAGUGAUGACCAUCCUUUUCCUUACUAUGGUUAUUUCAUACUUCGGUUGCAUGAAGGCUGCCCCCAUGAAGGAAGCGAACGUCCGAGGACAAGGCAGCUUGGCCUACCCAGGUGCGCGGACCCAUGGGGCUCUGGACAGCGUGAACGGGCCCAAGGCCAGCUCCCGGGGCCUCCCGUCGUCGUUGGCUGACACCUUCGAGCACGUGAUCGAAGAGCUGCUGGACGAGGACCCGAAGGCCCGGCCCCAGGAAGAGAACAGUAAGGACGCGGACUUGUACACGUCCAGGGUGAUGCUUAGCAGUCAAGUGCCUUUGGAGCCGCCUCUUCUCUUUCUGCUCGAGGAGUACAAAAAUUACCUGGAUGCUGCAAACAUGUCCAUGCGGGUCCGGCGCCACUCGGACCCGGCCCGCCGCGGGGAGCUGAGCGUGUGCGACAGCAUCAGCGAGUGGGUCACGGCUGCGGAUAAAAAGACCGCCGUGGACAUGUCGGGCGGGACGGUCACGGUCCUGGAGAAAGUCCCGGUCUCCAAAGGCCAGCUGAAGCAGUACUUCUACGAGACCAAAUGCAAUCCCAUGGGCUACACGAAGGAGGGCUGCAGGGGCAUAGACAAGAGGCACUGGAACUCCCAGUGCCGAACUACCCAGUCGUACGUGCGGGCUCUCACCAUGGAUAGCAAAAAGCGCAUUGGCUGGCGGUUCAUAAGGAUAGACACUUCCUGUGUAUGUACACUGACCAUUAAGAGGGGAAGAUAGUGGCUUUAAUGUUGUAUAGAUUCUAUGGAGACAAAAAAAAAUUAUCUAUUUGUAUAUAUACAUAACAGGGUAAAUUAUUCAGUUAAGAGAAAAAAAAUUAAUUUUAUGAACUGCAUGUAUAAAUGAAGUUUAUACAGUACAGUGGUUCUACAAUCUUAUUUAUUGGACAUGUCCAUGACCAGAAGGGAAACAGUCAUUUUUGCGCACAACUUUUCAAAAAGUCUGCAUUACAUUCCUCGAUCAUGUUGUGGUUUGUUGCCGUUGCCAAGAAUUGAAAAACGUAAAAAAGUUUUAAAAAAAAAAGAUAAUAAAUUGCAUGCUGCUUUAAUUGUGAAUUGAUAACAAACUGUCCUCUUUCAGAAAACAGACACAAAACAAAACAAAACACAAAGCAAAGCAAAACAAAAACCGACAACAAAAAAUUUGAACCAAAACAUUCCGUUUACAUUUUAGACAGUAAGUAUCUUCAUUCUUGUUAGUACUCUGUUUUACUGCUUUUAAACUUCUGAUAGCAUUGGAAUUAAAACAAUGUCAAGGUGC